CGGCUAGCACGGACGGACCCUUCCCCCUGCACUGCGGGCACCACAAGUGACGUUGUCUCUUGUCCAAUAAGAACGUUUUUAUGGUGGCUGAUCAUCCAAUGUUGAGCUCACUUGACCAUCUGCCACACCUUUUUUAUGAAAUAUUUCCUCGACUCCACAUUCAUUUCGUGUUACGGCAGUGUGCUGUUCAGUUGCAAGACAAUUACAACUGUUUCAAAAGAGACCUGAUAUUCCGUUUCGUGCGACAAGAUGGCUUCUCAAUGCGUGUCAAAGGUAGAACUCUCCAUCUCGUGCAGCAAUCUCCUCGACAAAGACGUUGGAUCCAAGUCUGACCCACUCUGCGUGCUGCUGCAGAGCAUUGGGGAUGACAAGUGGACCGAGUUGGACCGCACAGAGCAGGUGAAAAACUGCCAGGACCCCGAGUUCUCCAAGAAGCUGCUCCUGGACUACCACUUUGAGAAGGUGCAGAAGUUGAAGCUGGGUGUCUAUGACAUAGACAACAAGUCUGUCGAUCUGAAGGAUGAUGACUUCCUGGGGGGGUUUGAGUGUACGCUGGGACAGAUUGUGUCCAGCAAGAAGAUUACCAGACCUCUACAACUGAAGAAGGGGAAGCCUGCAGGCAAAGGCACCAUUACUAUUACUGCUGAGGAGAUAAAGGAUAACAGGGCCAUAGUGCUGGAGGUGGAGGCUAAAGGUCUGGAUAAGAAGGACUUGUUUGGGAAAUCUGAUCCAUUCCUAGAAUUCUUUAAGCAAGGAGAUGAUGGCAAGUGGCAGCUGGUUCACAGAACAGAGGUUGUCAAGAAUAAUCUGAGUCCGUCAUGGAAGAAAUUCACUGUGGCUCUGCAAACAUUCUGCAACUGUGACAUGAGCAAACCAAUCAAGGUCCACUGCUCUGAUUAUGAUAGUGAUGGCUCGCAUGACCUUAUCGGUGUUUUCCAAACUAAUGUGUCUGAGCUGCAGAAAGCUGCCCAUGGUUCACUGGUGGAGUUUGACUGUGUCCAUCCAGAGAAGAAAAAGAAGAAGAAGAGUUACAAAAACUCUGGAGUAAUCAGUGUCAAGAGCUGCCAGAUACAGGCACAGUACACAUUCCUGGACUACGUCAUGGGAGGUUGCCAAAUAAAUUUUACGGUGGGCAUUGACUUCACUGGGUCAAACGGCGACCCUCGCUCUCCACAGUCCCUGCAUUACCUGAGCCCUGACGGUCUGAACCAGUACCUGUCGGCCACCUGGUCAGUGGGCCUUGUUGUCCAGGACUAUGACACUGACAAACUCUUCCCUGCCUUUGGAUUUGGAGCUCAAGUGCCCCCAGACUUCAAGGUAUCCCAUGAAUUUGCACUGAACUUCAACCCAAGUAAUCCUUACUGUCAAGGGGUCCAGGGGAUUGUGGAGGCCUACCGCAUGGCCCUACCUCAGGUGAAGCUAUACGGUCCCACCAACUUCUCCCCCAUAAUCAACCACGUGGCAGGCAUCGCGUCAGGGGCGGCACAGCAGAACAACGCAUCGCAAUACUUUGUCCUGCUAAUCAUCACCGAUGGCGAGAUCACGGACUUGGACCAGACCCGGGAUGCCAUUGUCAAAGCCUCACGGCUGCCCAUGUCCAUCAUCAUCAUCGGGGUGGGCGAAGCAGACUUCAAGGCCAUGGAGCUGCUAGAUGGAGACGACGGCGUACUCAAGUCCCUGAGUGGCGAGUCCGUGACCAGGGAUAUUGUGCAGUUUGUGCCCCUCAGACAGUUUGCCAAUGCCCCUAAGGAAGCCCUCGCCCAGAGUGUCUUGGCUGAAGUGCCCAAUCAACUUGUGUCUUACUACAAGAUGCUGAAACUGGAUCCAGUCAACAUUCCUGCCCCCAAAGCUUAGUGGAGCAAGCAGAAAUGCAGCACUUUGCAUUCCUAGCCACAUGAGGGAGCCAGCACACUCCACCACACAGGGUUUUGAGUAUGCCCACUAUCGGAUGUGAAAAUACUGAAAUUAUUUCUGUCAAUGCUCAUUUUGCCCUUUGAUGCCACUUAUGACAAUUCUGACUAUAUAUAUAUAUAUUCUUUUUUCUACAGUCAUAGAUAUUUCUCAUUCUUUGCUGCUUCAGAUAUUCUUAUUUCAUUCCUCUGGAAGUAACAAGGAGUUCAAGAAGGGUGAUGUUAAAAAAUAGUGGAAAGGAGAGCUUUAAUAAAGCCAAAAUAAUCAUGCAUUUCAUGUAAUGCAGCUUCAAAACAUUUGAUUAAAUAAAGUAGGCUACUCGCGUAACACAAAGUUUGAACUCCUCGAUCAGAUCAAGAGCGUAAUUGCGUUUUGGUACACCAAAACUCUGUUGCAGAAGCAGUGCGUUCUGUGUGGCGCAUACAUGGAUUUAUCCAACGUAUGCAUUGAAUUGUAUUUGUAGACUUGACGGAAAUAGUAACAAAAGGUGAAUGUUGAACUUUUGUUUCUCACAUCCAGUAAAACGAUUGUAUUAUGUAAUGAAAAAAGUUUGACCGCCAGAAUUGAUUUUGCAGCAUUGCUGCAAUGAUGCUGUAGGUCUGAUCAAGGUGUUACAUCUUCAUAAUAAUAAUAAUGGCUACAAAUGCUUAGCUUGCACCGCACGUUACAUGUUUCUAAAGGCUUCUGUAUGCUUUGGUUCGGCUGGCACCUAGCAGAAAUUGGCUCUGUGAACCGAACGAGUGUGCUUGCAUACUCCCUUAAAAGACCUUCGCUUGAGAAAAAAAGCCAUUACCAUUCCACCACUCAAACUUGAAUACUUGUGCAUGGCCUUUUGCACUAUUAACCUUUAUGCAAUGUAGUUUUUUUAACGAUAGUGUAUGUCACAUUAUGAGAGCUGGUAUUAUACACCACCUUGCACUUAAUAUGCUUAAAGUGUAUGUCACAAAUGCCAAAAUGUAAACAUAACUGGAGACAGUCAUUUUUGGAGGCAUGACGCUACAGUAUAGGAUUGGUAGCUAGCUAACUCUAAAUCUAUAGAACUCUAGCGAGCUAACUGAAACAAACUGAUGUGGCUCCAGUAAUGUUCACAUUUUGACGUUUGUAACGUAUCCAAUUUAGAAUGGUAUUCUCAUGCUGGAGAUUAAUUAGACAUGUAUGCUACAUCAUAUUAAUCUGCUGCAAUAGAAUGUAUGCUAUGGAUUGCUAAAGUUUUGUACCAAAGAUAAAUAAAAUGUGCCUUAAUUAGAGUAGUGCUGUAGAACUUCUCACAUUGUUUACUACCCCCAUUUGAACACCAUAUUAUUAUCAGGAAAUUGCUAUUGAUCCAGAUGUUAGAUGCUUUCGCCUGUUCUAUUUUCUCCCUAAAACAAUGGAAACUAAAAUUAUAGAUUUGAGAAUGUAAUGUUUAUGUAUUUACAUUAUAGGGUCGUCCCACAUGUCCAUAUCUUGGUCAUUGAUUCAGACGGUGUUGAUUUUGAUGCAAUUUGAAAGCAUACAAACAGGGUUGUCAUUUUUACACCUUUUUGACGUCAAUUAACAAAACAUGUUUUUCUUGUGUUAUGCUGUAGUUUAUACCCUAUUUCACAUCAAAUUAGGUGUUUGUUAUGCCCACCAUACUCUUUAAAUACAGUACAAUACUAAAAUGUGAAUUAAAAUGUAACAUUUCAACUCCAAAUGGUACCAUAAAAAUUGUUGCAGGUCCACCCAUCAGAGAAUGUUGACUUGAAUGGGAAUAUCCAUUGUUUUAAAUAAUAUUGUCAAUCUUCUAUAGCAGGGGUAUUCAACUCACCCUACGAGGUCCGGAGCCUACUGGUUUUCUGUUAUACCUCAUAAUGAAUUCCACACACCUGCUGUCCUAGGUCUAAAUCAAUCACUGAUUAGAGGGGAACAAUGAAAAAAAUACAGUGGAACUGGCUUUGAGAUCCAGAGUUGAGUUUGAGGGUUCUAUAGGAAACGUGUUGAAAUCGUAGAAAUAUAGAUGAUCGAAUAACCCCUCAAACGAGACUCCAGGUGUGUGAAAUAAAUUCCGGUAGAACAGAGAACCAGCAGGCGCCGGACCUCGUAGGGUAUGAGUUGAGUACCGCUGGAAUAGACAGUCCCAUUCAACGGUGAGAGGACCGGCAGCCGUCUUUGUGGUUAGUAGUUGGACGUUAAAAUGUCAAUACUAUUUAAUACCUAUGGCGUACCAGCUAAAUUGUAGUGGUCUGAAGGGAUAGGUCCAAUCUAGGAAUUCUAUUUCUCUGAUUGAAAUUACACUCCCUGUUAUCAAGUGUGCUGAUGGUGGGGACAACGAACACCACAGAUUUGGUAAAAUAGGGUCUCCGCUACAAUAUGUGAAUAUGAAAAACUGAGUUAGUGAGUUGAGAAUUGACUAUUAUUGAUUCACUUUAUUUUAAACAACCUUAUGCAGUGAGACGACCUAAUGAUGGCUGUUUUUCAAAGGGGUCUCUGUAUUUUUCCCGAAAUGUGGUGUGCAAUUAUAAUUAAGACAAAUGUUCUAUUAUAUUUUUAUUUUAUUAUUUUACGAAAAUGAGUUCUCUGUGCCAUGAAUCUGGUUUGCUUUAAUGUGCUUUUGAGGCCAAAGUGGAUUUGGUUGUAAUCUACAUAUUUGAACAGAAUCUUAUUUUUUUUUUGUUCUUGCCCCACAUUGUUUGGGUUACACAGGGCCAUGGGCUUGAUUUUGUGUUCGUUAUACAGCAAGACUGAUGGCAGCAUUUGUGCCAUUUAGAUUAGAAAAAACACACUUUCUAACUUAAUGCCAAACAGUUGUGCUAUGAGAUUUAAUUCAACUAAAUUAAGGAGCCAACACAAAUUAUAUAAAAAUGAAAUAUCAUUGUAAUUGUAACCAAGAGACCUUAUCUAAGCCUAGCCAUACCAACAUUCAGCCAAUUAUAUUUAGGAUGCUUUCGUUUUCACCCUUUCUGAAAUAUAGCUUUUUGCAACAUGUCUUUUGCAUUCUGAAAUAAAUACAUAUUUCAAAAUGA